AUGGAGGACAAGAAGAACAAUGUGGGUGAAGCCUUUGGGCGUCACUUCCCCGUACAUGAACCCAGAUGUCUUCGCAGCACCUUCUUCGUCAGUAACGUCCACUGCACCUCCUGUGUCGCCUACAUCAACGUGAUCCUUUCUGACGUACCCGCCGUGAGGGGCGUGGAGGUCAACAUCCUGACCCACGAAGUACACGUGCGACACGGCGUGGAAGUCGGUGCAUCCAAGUUGGCCAUGGCGUUGGUUCAGGCCGCUUUUGAAGUCCACCAUGUCACCACCUACGACGACAUUGAAGGCUCCGUUGUUUCGGAAAUUGACACCACUUCGUUGCUCCCCCGCGAUUCGAUUCUAUUCUCGUCGGUGCGGGCUUCAUACCCCAAGUUACCUCUGAAGAACAGGCAACACAUCGCCAACUGUGAUGCGUGCAGAAAGGAGAGCCAGGAUCGGCUUUGGGCUGCUCCGCUGGCUGCUAGUAACCGCGGCUCGUUGUGUCCUGACUACAAAAAGGAAGACUCUGACGUCGAGAGUCUCGUGCCACGAGCUUCCUCGGUGGCCAUGGAGCCUGUGCAGCCACUGGACACUGUGUUGUUGUCGACCCCUCAGCGGGUGGACGAGGUAUUCAAUGCCCGCAUCAGCAUCGGAGGUAUGAGCUGUGCGUCAUGCGUCAAUGCUGUGACGAACGAGGUAAAGGCGCUUGAAUUCAUCAAGGAUGUCGUCGUCAACCUGCUCACCAACAGUGCCACGCUGGUUUACACCGGCCCAAAGUCGAAUAUUGACAAGGUCAUCGACCAGAUCGAGGACAUUGGUUUCGAAGCGUCCCUUGACGAAGUCAAUACAGUUUCUCAGCCUCGUCGUGCGCCGACUGCCUUCGUCGCAGAGAUUGCUAUCACCGGCAUGACUUGCGGAUCCUGUGUGGGAGCAGUCACUGGCGCUAUCGAGGAGCUCCCCUUCGUCACCUGUGUUUCUGUGAAUCUCCUGUCACACAGUGGCAUGGUCGAAUUCGAAGGAGAAGAAAAGGCCAAUGCCAUCGUGGAGAAGGUUGAAGACAUUGGCUUCGAUGCUUCAUUGACCAGCAUUCGCCCUCUGGCUGCGGAGAAAGACGACAACGAUGAGAUCAAACCGAGAACUGUUUCGAUUCUUGUGGAUGGCAUGUUUUGUCACCACUGCCCGAAAAGAGUUCUUGAAUCUUUGGAAACCCUUACGGACGUUGUUAUUGAGGAGCCCCUGUCUAUCAAGAACCCCAUCCUGAAAGUUACCUACACCCCUCAUCCGUCAUCCUACACCGUUCGAGACCUGCUCUCGACCGUUGAGUCCGCACACGAUGCUUUCAAGGCGACUGUCUACCAUCCACCAAGCGUCGAAGACCGCUCGCGUGCAAUCCAGCUACACGAGCGACGCCGACUGCUGUGCCGCCUUCUGUUUGUGUUCACCAUCACAAUCCCAACCUUCCUGAUUGGUGUGGUGUUCAUGAGUCUCGUAUCUUCCAACAACCCAGCUCGAAUGUACCUGGAGAAGCCAAUGUGGGCCGGCAGCGCAUCUCGCAUGGAGUGGGCGCUUUUCAUCAUGACAACGCCGGUCAUGUUCUACGGCACUGACAUAUUUCACGUGCGAGCGAUGAAGGAAGUCCAUGCCCUGUGGCGUCCUGGCAGUCGGGUUCCUUUUCUGCGGCGGUUCUGCCGCUUUGGCAGCAUGAACUUGUUGAUUUCCGCGGGAACCACGGUUGCUUAUCUUUCGUCUCUGGCUGUUCUCAUUGUUGAUGCCGCGGCGGGCACAGAUAAGUCGGCUCAAACUCAUAGCUCGACAUACUUCGACACGGUUGUCUUCCUUACCCUGUUUAUCCUGGCUGGUCGCUUCAUGGAAGCUUACAGCAAAGCAAAAACGGGAGACGCGAUUGCAUCUUUGGGCAAGCUAAGACCCUCCGAGGCGUUACUUGUAGAACGUUCAGUAACGCCCGAUGACAAGGAAUCCGAGGUUAUCCGACGUAUAAACAUCGACCUGCUUGAAAUCGGUGAUAUUGUCAGCAUUCCUCACGGCGCUUCUCCGCCAGCUGAUGGUACCGUCUUGAACACAACAGGAACCUAUAAAUUUGACGAAAGCUCUCUCACUGGUGAAUCGAAACCUGUCAAGAAGACCGCCAGUGAUCAAGUCUACACCGGAUCCGUCAACGUAGGACAGCCAGUGCAGAUCCAGGUUUCUGCCAUCGGAGGCUCGUCGAUGCUCGACCAGAUUAUUUCCGUUGUACGCGAGGGCCAAAGCCGACGUGCGCCGCUGGAAAGAGUCGCAGAUAUGUUGACUUCUCAUUUCGUGCCCAUCAUCACACUCAUUGCGAUCUUGACUUUCCUUGUCUGGCUUUGUCUUGGGCUUUCUGGCGCUUUGCCUGAUGAUUAUCUGGACGUUUCUCGCGGUGGAUGGACCUUCUGGAGCCUGGAGUUUGCUAUCGCAGUUUUUGUCGUUGCUUGUCCUUGUGGUUUGGCGCUUGCGGCUCCUACGGCGCUGUUUGUCGGUGGGGGUCUAGCUGCUAGACAUGGUAUCCUGGUCAAGGGCGGUGGCGAGGCGUUUCAGGAAGCGAGUCGUCUCGAUGCCAUUGUCUUUGACAAGACUGGCACUCUUACCGAGGGAGGUAGCCUGAAAGUUUCUGAGCAUGAGGUCCUUUCGAACACCAACGACUCGACAGAGAUGCAAGUGGCUUGGACGCUCGCGAAGAAGCUAGAGGAAAGCAGCAACCAUCCGAUUGCGCGUGCAAUCAUGGAGUUCUGCAACAGCAAACCAGCUGCCUUUGUACAGUCUUCUGAGAUCCAGGAACUCUCCGGAAAAGGAAUGAAGGGUGUUUUCUCAGUGUCGACUCCCGAAACCACAGAACCCGUCCAAUACGAAGCAGCAAUCGGCAACGAGCGUCUCCUCCACGAACUCGCCUCCCCAGACACAGACACAUACUACAUCUCAACCCUCCUUUCGAAGUACCAAUCCGCCGGAAAAUCAACCGCCAUUCUCUCCCUCCGCAAAAUCAACCUGGACACCCUGGAGAAAUCCCCAUUCACUCCCGUCCUCGUCUUCGCGAUUUCCGAUCUCAUCCGCCCCGAAGCCGCACAAGUCAUCUCCAACCUCCAAAACCGCCGCGUCAGCGUCUACAUGUGCACAGGCGACAACCACACCACCGCAACCGCUGUCGCAGAUAUGGUCGGCAUCCCGCGCUCAAACGUCAUGGCCAACAUCCUACCAGCUGGUAAAGCCGAUUUUGUCCGCCAGAUCCAAGAAACUUCUCCAAAUGAUAAUCAGAAGAAGGACCGUUCGAUCGUGGCUUUUAUUGGCGAUGGCGUGAAUGAUUCCCCUGCACUGGCUGCGGCAGAUGUAUCCAUCGCUCUCUCCACGGGGUCGGACGUCGCCUUGUCCUCUGCCAGUUUCAUCCUCCUAAACUCCUCCUUAAAUACAAUCUUGCACCUUGUCCUCCUCAGCCGCCGCGUGUUUAACCGCGUCAAGAUGAACUUUGGAUGGGCGUUGGUGUACAAUCUCUGCCUUAUCCCUGUUGCCGCGGGAGUAUUCUAUCCCAUCGUCAGUGGACACCGGGAUGUCAUGGGUAGCAAUGGAGAGGUUAUUGGGGUUGUUGAUACGCAUUGGAGGCUGAGUCCUGUUUGGGCUGCGUUGGCGAUGGCGUUGAGUAGCGUUUCGGUUGUGUGUAGUAGUUUGGUGUUGGGGGUUGAGGAUCGGGUUAGGAGGUUUUUUGGUGGCGAAAAGUGA